GUACGCAUGCGCUGUAAAAUUGGAGUAAAAUAAUAAUGGCGGAAAAUAGUCCAGGAUAAUAUUUUCUCAAAAUUUGAAGGAAUUGCGAUAUUAAUAGAGUAUCAGGAUGGCACAUCAACUUCAGUUAGAGAAGGAAAAAUACAGACAGUGGGUAAAGGCUGGUUUAGGACUUGGAUAUCUAAAGGAGGGACUGGUACCAUUCUGUAAUGACAUAGCUGACCAACAACAUAAGGAUAUCUUACAAAACAUUCGGUCUAGAAAGUCACUAUCAUCAACUGUUACAUGUGGCAUCUGUCGAGUUGAAACUCUCAAGCCAGACCAUAAGCCAGUACCUGGGAAUGCUGGAAACAAAGUUUGUCCUCUUGGGCAAGUAAAAUGCAACUGUUGCUGUAAGGGCAAAAUUGCUUGUCCGAACAACAUAUGUGGCGCCAUCUAUGAUUUUAUUGUGCAUCAUCAUGCCUCCACACCACCUGCACCUAACUGGAAAAACAGCGAUGCUCAACAGUGGUUGACAGACCCUUGGAGCAUUUGUAAGUGUUUUAUAAAUGUUCCAGGGUACGAGCAGAAACAAUCUGCUGGUGAAACUGAUUGUACUGGGUUAUUACAUCUAAUGAUAAAUAACCAGUAUUUUCAUAGCCACAUUGGAUGUGAUGUCACAGGAACAAACAACCUUUUUUCAAAGGUACGUCAGUAUAGAAAUAAUAUUUUCCACUCAAGCAGCAUGGAAUUAGAAGAAAGUGAGGCCAAUUCAUAUAUUGACGAUAUGAUAGCAGUUUUACAAGAUGGUAAAGAGCUAUUACAACAACCAGAUGCCCAGAUAGCAGUGAAUAAACUUCAAGAUCUGAAGAAGAAAGAUUUCAUUAUUACCACUGAAAGCUUUGAUGAAAUUCUAAGAGAAAUUAAGGAAGAACUGGCAAAAAUUCUGAAAUCGACAGAAAGUGCUGCAACUAAAGAAGAAUAUGAUGAUCUGAAGAAGAAGCUAAUAGACCUUGAAGCCAAGAUGUCUGGUGAAAAGGAGGGAAAGCUGGAAACUGAAAAAGAACUUGAAGGACUAAAGAAAACAAUAAAAGAACUUGAAUUCCAAAUGUCUCAGGAAACACUUGAGAAAGCCGAAUUGAAAAAGAAAUUUACUGUUCUAGAGAUACUUGUAUCAGAACAGAAAGAGGAAAUGGCAAAAAUUACGACAGUAACUUCCUUUGGUCAAAGUCAGGCAGAUUAUGAGCAAACCAAGUUAGGUUGUCGUACUCAAUUGAUAGAACAUUAUCGCAGUGAUGUACUUAAAGUAUCAGCAAUACCUUUACAACCAGAUGAGGAAAAUUAUAACUUCAGUGAUGUUUAUAUAAGACCCACUAUAACAAACAAGAUAAAAAAGAACAGAGGGGAGUCUGAGGAAAAAGAAAUAGAGUCCAUGUCAGAGAUUUUCACAAAAAACAGGGAACCACAGAAAUUUAUUUAUGUUGUUGGAGAUGCAGGGUCUGGUAAGAGUAGUUUCUGUAAAUAUUUGAUCAACUGUUGGUGUAUGGCACACAGUGAUGGACACAAUGAAGAUGAUGAGUUUGAAGGAGUCAAGGAAAUGAAGAAAUUUGAUUUUAUGUUUUAUAUUUCUCUUAGACAUAGCAUAAAGAUCCGAAGUAUCCAAGAAAUGCUUGAAAUGCGAUAUGAUAAGAUAAAAAAUUUAAGCAAACUUCUGGAAAAUGAUUCUGAAAAGAUAAUUAUUUUGCUUGAUGGUUUAGAUGAAUGGUCUUUUGACAGUGAGACUAGGAAUGAGUUCCAGGCAGGCCUUCCGGAACGUGACUUCACAAAGAAAUACACGAUUGUUACUACAUCACGACCAUGGAAAAUUCACAGUUUGAGAGUAAGUAAUAGAGAGAUUCAUCAAUUAUUGAAAUUAAAAGGGUUUGAUAAAACACAUGAAAAAGAAAUGAUUAAGAAAACAAUAACAGCAUUGAAAGAAUCAUUAGAUCCUAGUGAGUGUGAACAAAAGCUUAAGGUACGUUCUGUGGUUGGCCUGAAACAGGUACCAAUUAUGCUGCAGCAAUUGGUUUUGUCUAUGGUGUGA